GCCGUGCAGGUAAAGGAAUUUCCGGUCGUCAUUCCUAGGCUUGCCCGGUGACGAGCUACGCGUCUCCCUGAUCCCGGUUUAAAUCGGCGGUCACGUGUCCCGGGAUGUUUGUCAAUUACUGCUGAGGAGCUUGCGGCGCCCAGGAGGACUGCGCACAGGAAACAUCAAACGGAUUGAGGACAGCUCCGCAUACAUGCCCUGCAGCUGAAUUCGUUCCAACGCCCGGUCUUCCAUCAUGAUUUCCCCUUUGGACCGGUGGUACUCCACGAACUGCUGCCUGUGCUGUCAUGUUCGGACUGGCACGAUUAUUCUCGGGAUCUGGUACUUGAUUAUCAAUGCGGUGGUCUUGCUCAUUCUGCUUACUGCCCUCAGCGACCCAGACCAGUAUCACCUGAGCAGCGCUGAGCUGGGGAAUGACUUCGAUUUCAUGGAUGACGCAAAUAUCUGCAUUGCCACUGCAAUUUCCCUCCUCAUGAUAUUAAUAUGUGGAAUGGCAACAUAUGGUGCUUACAAGCAACAUGCCGCUUGGAUCAUCCCAUUCUUCUGCUAUCAAAUCUUCGACUUUGCUCUUAACACCUUGGUUGCAAUUAGUGUUGUUGUUUAUCCCAACACCAUUCAGGACUACCUCCAGCAGCUGCCAGGGAACUUCCCAUACAAGGAGGAGAUCAUGUCCAUGAACGCCAUGUGCCUGGUCCUCAUUGUGCUCAUCUUUAUCGGCUGCAUUCUGGCCUUCAAGGUAACGUUGCUGGCUAUACCUUGUUACAACCCAUUCUUCAUCCUGUCCAGCCUGGAGCAACAUCAUCUGAGCAGUGAACAACAUAAUAGCCAGACUUUAAAGUAUAGAAUGAGGAAACUUCCACUCUCCAUAAAGACGUGUUGAUCAAUAAGGGCUCUU